UAUCAGAAGCAGUUUUCUGUUGUGGAACUCCGGGGCUUUGCUUGUUAAGGUGAUUUAACUGCUGAACAUUAAUCCAAUUCACCAUCUGAGGGUUUUAACCGAAUGGAGAGAGAAUCGAGUAAUGUAGCGAUUGAAAUAGAACGUUUAGAGAGAGAAUGGAUUAAGAUGCUUCAAAAUGUGAAACCUCCAGAGGUAGAUGAAAUCGAUAUGCAAAGCAUUUAUAGGGUACCAGCAAAUAUUCGUCAAAAUAAUCCCAAAGUCUACACACCUCUAAUUUUUACAAUUGGCCCUUAUCAUCACAACAAUUUAGAGGCAAUGAAAAAGCUUAAACUCAAAUAUCUGAAGGGAUUUCUGAAUCGAACACAACUACCUAUGAGAGUAUUUGUUGACAAAAUUAAAGAGAUGGAAGAAAGUAAUAUUAUUCGAACCUGUUAUGCAGACACUAUUGAAUGUAAUGAUAAUUUCUUAAAGAUGAUUUUAGUUGAUGCUUGCUUCAUAAUUGAGCUUUUUCUAAGAUCGAAUAGAAAAAGUGACUGGAAGGAAAAAGACCCUUUGAUUCAAAAACCACGGAUGCUAGGCUAUAUUGAGCUUGACUUGCUAUUAUUGGAAAAUCAACUUCCUUUUUGUGUUCUUGAACAACUUCACAAGCUCACUGAUAUGAAUGAGAAAUUUCUUGACAUCACUUUAAACUAUUUUGAGAACAGACUUUUCGGAGACGUGCGUCCAAGAGAGAAUCCAAAACACUUCACUGAUUUGUUAAGAUCUUCUAUAAUAUCAUCAUCAAAACUUGGUCUUGAAAAACUGGAGCGAUGCAAAGAAGUUAAACAUGUAUACAGUGCAAGCCAACUAAUGGAGGCUGGUCUUGAGUUUGAGGUUAGUCCAUAUAAAAGCUUUAUUGACUUGACAUAUUCUAAACAUGGAGUGUUGAGCAUGCCACUCUUGAAUAUACAUGACAAUACAGAACUGUUGUUCAGGAAUAUGAUGGCUUAUGAACAUUGCCACCUUUCUGCUACAAACAUCAUUACUCAAUAUGUAGUGAUUCUAGCUUUUCUUAUCAAUACUGAAAAGGAUGUGAACCUACUUGUUGAAAAGAAAAUUAUUGUCAAUUGGACCGGUGAUGCUAAAAAGGUGGCUACUAUGUUUAAUAAUCUAACCUCACAACUUAGCAUCCCAGAUUUCAAUUCACAUUAUUUCUCCAUCUGUAAUAUCUUAAAUGAAUUCUAUGAAAAUCCUGGCAACAAGUACAAGGCUAUCUUCAUACACGAGUACUUCAACACUCCUUGGAAAAUAGCAUCUACUACGGCUGCAAUUGUGCUACUUUUGCUCACGUUUAUUCAGACUGUAUGUUCAAUCAUCUCAGUGGUUCAAAGUAAUUGAAGAGAGGAUUCAUUAAAUAAGAAAAAAGAAAGUCACUUGUUAGGAAAGUAUUUGAUUAUUGUAUUUGAGUGUCUUAGUAUAAGGAAAACUUUGUUAUGUUAUAUACUGUGUUGUUGAUGACUAUAAUAUCUCUUUCUUUAAAUGAAUUCUAUGAACAUCCUUGCAACAAGUACAAGUCUAU